UUUAGGGGGAAAAAAAGGAGCAAAUGAGACCAAGACAAGCUCAUAACAGAGAUCUAAUCACCAGAUGCGUACGGACGAAAAUUCAGUGAGAUGAGUCAGAAAACGGUGAAGGAGGGCCCCAGACUCUCCAAGAACCAGAAGUUUUCGGAGCACUUCAGCAUACACUGCUGCCCGCCUUUCACCUUCCUCAACUCCAAACGCGAGAUCGUGGACCGGAAGUACAGCAUCUGUAGAAGCGGCUGCUUCUACCAGAAGAAGGAAGAGGACUGGAUCUGCUGUGCCUGCCAGAAGACCAGCACCAGCCGCCGGGCAACAUCCCCCAAGAAGCCCAAGCAACAGCCAGCGGCACCCCCCGCGGUGGUCAGAGCACCUGCCAAGCCACGGUCCCCUCCGAGGUCCGAGCGUCAACCGCGCCCCCGCCCAGAGGUCCGACCACCACCAGCCAAGCAGCGGCCCCCUCAGAAGUCCAAGCAGCCGCCGCGCAGCAGCCCCCAGAGAGGGCCGGGCACCAGCCGUGGGGGGUCCCCCGUCAAAGCUUCUAGGUUCUGGUAACACCGUCUCUUCCCUUUUGUUGCCCCCGCCCUAAGAUUGAAAAGGAAGAGCAAGCCGGCCCCACGGAAGAAGUGAGGGAGCAGUUUCCAGCGAAUGGACCACCUCAGCACCUGGACUCGCUGCCUCUUGACCCGUGUGCCCUUGGGCAAGUUAUCUGGCUUCCAGUAUGAUGCAGGGACAGACCCCUGCCGACGCGGCAACUGGUGACGCCCACAGUCCCCUUGGUGUGGGGGCCGCCGGGCAGCCCACCUGGAGCCCCGUGAAGACGUCAUCCUGCUGGCCUCUGACUGCCAAUGGGACAUACGUUGUCAGCCUCUCUGUCCUUCCAUUGACUCAAGUUUCUUCAAUUUGAACGUACAAAGCUUUCUUCAGGGAUACACAAAACAACAACAAAGAGAUUGUUGUAUAACCACCAUAAUGGCAAACAUUAAAAAUUAUCAGGUGUUGGCAAAGAUCUGGGGGGAAUUCUGAUAAGCCAUUGACGAAAAUAUAUAAACUAUUGUGGUACUUCUGGGGUGCUAUCUGGGAAUGCUAGCAAACCAGGAUAUUGGAUAACUUAUGACCAAGCAAUUAUUUAUAAAAAGCAAUUAUAAUUUUAGGUACUGAUCCUGGAGAAAACUUGCAUUUACAGGGAAAAGAGGCACACAUACACCUAUUCAGCGAAGCAUUGUUUGCCAUUGGAAAAAAGAGAAAGAGAGGGAAAGAAAUUAAUAAAAAAGUCCACUAAUGGGAGAAUGAGUAAAUCAACAAUGGUAUAUUCGUAAAUAAAAUCUUGAACCGCAGUUAAAA